AUGCCAAAUCACAAGACAAAUGUGAAACCACGUGAUUUAAUUUUGGCAAUUCUUUUGUUAGGCCAUCAUUACGGUAAUGUUGGGGCAUUUUGGAGACUCCAUACAACUGCCUCCAAACUUGAGAGGAAAAGCAAACGUGCCAAAUAUCUGCCACACUUUCGUAAAGCGGUGAUCCAUUCUCACAUAUUUAAAAGCCGAGAGCCCAAGGAGCAGAGAAGGUAG